AUGCUGUACUUAUUUGUAACUGUUAAGCGUGAGUCCCAAAUCCCUUCUACAAUAUUAUCAGAUGUUUUAUUCGAAAUAGAUGAUGAUCUUACUUUUCAAGACCUUUUACAACAAGCUGAUCUUGAGUAUAAAAGUAGUGAGAUUGUUAAGGUUGAAGUUCGUUGUGUGGGAAACAAACAAUACAAUACAGUUGCAUCCGGAGUUAAGAGUAGUUUGGCAUUGUGCCGAAAAGAUGAAAGAAAUGUAUCACAUAUUCGAUUUACCAUUAGUGAUGGAUCUAUUCAAUCAACUAGAUCAACUAGCUCAAACGAUUAUUUAAAUGCAUUUAAUAUCAUGAUGGAACAGUCUAGUAUACGUUCUCUUCCUCCCCCAAAAUCUGGUAAUACCAAACGGGAUAAAUUAUAUAAUGAUAUGUUAUUUAUAUUGCGAGAAAAAAAUUGUGGAUGGUUAAAUGGAAAUGAAACUACUGUAGGGAAGCGAUUUUUAGAAAGUCUUAAUGCUUUGCUUUGGGAACUUGAUGAGCAUCAUCAGAAAUUACAAGAUCGGGGUUGUCAAAUUCCUGAAUUUGUUUUAUCUUUACAUGGAUAUCAGAAUAAACAGUAUUAUAAAAAGGAAUCUCAUCAUAAAAAAGGAAAUUUGCAACGUUCUAAACUAGAUUUAUUAGUAAAAGGCAUUGAAAAUUGUAUAUCUCAACCUUGGGCAGCAAGUGAUUUGUGGAGUGAAUUUAUAAGAGAGGUUUUUAUGUUAAUUUCGUGUGUUCAAAAAUAUAUGGAAUAUCUAGAAAAUGUUAACAGAAGUGUUAAUACAAUUCGUAAUGCUAUGCAACCUGCACGUAAUCCAUUAGAUAAUAGUGAUAUUAAGAUUCUAAUAGAAUGCUUUAGACAAGAUCUCAAAGAUUGUUAUAAAUCAUUAGCUACAAAAAUUCGUGAAACAAAUGCUUAUGAGGUUGUUUUAUUGGAUGAAUAUUUGCCACAAAAUAAAUAUGAACGAUAUAAUUUUAUUCAAAAUUUACAGUUAGAUUCAACAAUUAUGCUUUAUCGAUAUUAUCAUAGUAACUAUCUUGGAACUUUAAAUUUUAUAUGGCGCAUUCCUUUGGAUCCCAAUGAAAGAUCAGAUAAUUUACAAGCAAAAAUAAUAAUUGAAAUUCAAGAAAAACUUCCUCAUUAUUUUACUCGUGGAAUGAGAAAAAAUAUAUUUGAAAGGUACUCACUUUUAACACGAAUUACACCGAAUGUUUUGCGUUUAUUGUAUUAUGAUUUAACUGGUGAUUCUAGUGUUGGUGUAACAGAAAAAGUAAGGCAAAUGGAUGAGCGACUUAGGCUUAUGUUGGAAUUAGGUGAUCCAGAAAUUAUUGUAGACCUUCGAACCAAUAAUGGAUUUAAAGGCACAAAGUUUGAUAUAUUUUGGGAUGAAGUUUCUGCAUACUUUGAAGAGGUUCAAGCAAGACAACUUAGAAAAUCACAUCCAGAUGCACAUUAUUGUCGUGCAAUAUUUAAAUAUUUUCGUCAUUUUGCAGUAAAAUUUAAAGAACAUACUGUAUUAAUAUUUGCUGAUGAUAAGCAUAAAGUACCUAUUGGUGAAGAUGUUGCAACAUCAACUGGAGUACGAAAUAAAAGUGUAGCUAUCCCAAUUUCAGCUAUAUUAAAUGCAAGUGAUCAUGACUUUACAAAGUUAUCAUUAACACCAUCAGUAAUGUUAUUAGCUACAAUACCUGAAGAACCUACAGAUUCAUUUUAUAAUGGCCAAUUCUUGCCUGAAAUUCUAAUGAUUUACACAGAUGGUGGUCCAGAUCAUAAAUUCACAUUUGGUUCAGUUCGAAUUUCUUUAAUAUGUCUUUUCCUUAAGGGUAAUUUUGAUAUGUUAAUAGCUGCUAGAACUGCACCAUAUCAUAGUUGGGCAAAUCCAGCAGAGAGAAUUAUGUCAAUUAUUAAUCUUGCAUUGCAAGAUGUAGCUUUACAACGUGAUCAAAUGAGUGAAGAAUCUGAAUUAGUAUUUGCACAACUUAAAACUUUAGAAUCAAUUCUUGGUCAAACUGCUACAAAUUUAGAAAUUGAGCAAUUUUUUAAGACUGGUUAUAUCCAGUACAAAAUAUAUUAA